AUGGCAAAGCGCAAGAAUGUCAACAACUUUAAUUUCUUUCUCUGCCGACUUGCCAUCGAUCAGCAUUUUGACGCUGACAUUCUCAACUGGGGAUUUAAGCAACUCAUACACUGCGCCGCCCGAAAAUUGAUUCUGCAACUCCCCCUCCUGGAGUCCGUCGGUGAGAGACACCUUGUACCCGCAUUUGGCGAGGCAGUUGCCCAGGCCGUUGUCCCUGUCGUCGGGGGUGAACUCGCAUAUUUUGUUGUUUCGCCAGUUGGUGCCGCAUUUGGUCUCCAGGUUGCUAAGCGCAUCGUGAGCCAUCGGGAUCAUGCUCAGCAACACCUUGGCGUACUUGUCGGCGUCAGCAUCCCGGCACUCCGCGCCAGAGUAUGUGGAGACGUAAGCGUCGCCGAACUCAGCGACGAAUUCACGGAGGCCACGGCCGACAGUGUUCAGCAGCGGAGUUGUGAUCUUACCGAAGGUUUCGGGCUUCAUUUCACCCAACGCCUUAAUCAGAUCGUUGAGCAGACCGGGGAGUCUGUGAUCGUAGCCUUGUAUAUUCUGAAUAUGGAUGAGCACCGUGUUAAUCGCGGCGUUGACUUCAUAGAGCUUCGGGGCGUAGGGCUCCGCCGGCGGCGGGAGUGA